AUGACGUCUUGGCUUGUUUUUCCAUCAUCGCCAACAGGCAAUAAUCGUCGUAUCGAACUUGCUGGUCUCGAUUUGUCGAUCAUUCCACGUAUUGACAAUAUUUUUGUCUAUCCAGCCGAAUUGGAUAUUGAUCGAUUUAAAGAUGCACUCAGUCAUGCUCUUUCUUUGUGGUCUUUAGUCGCUGGCCGUUUUCUUGUGCUGAACGACGGUCACUAUUUUAUUGAAAUGUCGGACAACGGCAUUCCAGUUGCAUAUACUGAAAAUACCGAACUAGAAAAAUGGCCUCUCAACAACAACGUUGUUGUUGAUAUCAUUCAAACAUCACUUAUACCAUUUAUUGAUGGAGUACAAACUAUGAAAUUAAUGCAGAGUUCUAAUGAAGAACCAUUGUUACAUUUAAAAUUAACAUGCAUUGUACAAAGUGGUGAAUGGGUUUUAGGUACAAGUUGGGCACAUGUUCUGGGUGAUGCUGAAUCGAAUUUAAAUUUUCUAAUUACACUUUCACGUUUAUAUCAACAACUAGAACCAAUGAAACCGUUGCCGAUUUUUGAGAGACGCUUAUGGCGAGAAGAAGAAGCCGACCAAUCACUAGUGCCAUUCUUGAAGGAAUUAAGUAAUGCUAAACCAUUUAAAGAAAUGAUUCAAUUGUUCUUGACCAGAGAAGAGACACAUGAACAACUUAAUUUACAUUUUUCAAGCAAACAACUUUCUAGAUUACGUGAAUUAGCUGGUGGUAAUUCAGUGACUAUACAAGACGCUCUUACAUCGUACAUCGUUCUGCGACUAAAUACUCAUUGUUUCAUAAACGAUAAUGAACGUCUAAUUUUACGGACCAAUACAGCGAUCAACUUUCGUGGUGUAUCUGACUCAAUUGCUCCAGUUGGACUUGUUUCAAAUGCUGUUAUCUUCGUGGCAUCUGAAAAUUUCGAUGAUCCAUUAUCUUUUUCAAGUAUUGCCAAAACGAUUCGUCGAUCGAUUAUUCGAACACGCGAUCCAAAAUUCCUCGAAUCAUGUGUAGCAACUGCUGAUGGAUUAUUAAGAAAAAUAGUACGGCAAAAUUCUAUGCCUAAUUUAGGACCAUUUCCUAAUGAUAUAACCGUCAACUCGAAUUUUCGUUUCGAUUGGGCUCUUCUCGUUGAUUUUGGCUACACGGAUAAAUGUUGUUUCUAUACACCAUGGACUGGUCGAUUAUAUUUUCGUGUAUUUCAUCUAAAUCCGAUGAAAGACGGUAGUGAAUGGUUACCAAGAGAUCGUAAUGGCGCCGAAAUUGCUUUUCGAAUUGCACCUGAUAUUAAAGACAAGUUUAUUUCCGCAUGGCAAAAGGAUGUUGCAGAAAAUUUUUCAAAUAUUAAAUUGUAA